ACGUGAGGCGCAGGUGGCGCGGCGUCUCUGCAUGAGGGUCCCUCCUUAGACGCCCCGGGGUCAGGGGUGAGCCCACGGACAGCCCGCCGCGGGCGACCCCUGGUCUUCUGGAUUGAAGCCCGGGCAGCGGGAAGAGGAUGCCGCGCUGCCGGGGAGUGCGUGCCUGGCCUGGAUGUAGGGGCUGGUCCCGGGGCGCGUCUCUGCUCGCGUCUAGGACUCCGCCGCCUCGGGCUGUAACUCUGCUUCUCCCGCGGGGAGAAUGUGUGUGUGUCCCGGGCCCAGACGAAUUGGAAUCCCAGUCAGAAGUUCCAGCCUGCCACUAUUCUCUGAUGCCAUGCCAGGACCAACUCAACUGUUUUUUCCUCUGAUCCGUAACUGUGAGCUGAGCAGAAUCUAUGGCACUGCGUGUUACUGCCACCACAAACAUCUCUGCUGCUCAUCCCCUUACCUUCCUCAAAGUCGCCUGAGGUACACAUCCCACCCUGCGUAUGCUACCUUUUGCCGGCCGAAGGACAACUGGUGGCAGUACACCCAAGGAAGAAGAUAUGCUUCCACACCGCAGAAGUUUUACCUCACACCUCCUCAAGUCAACAGCAUCCUGAAAGCUAAUGAAUAUAGUUUCAAAGUGCCAGAAUUUGAUGGCAAAAAUGUCAGUUCUGUCCUUGGGUUUGACAGCAAUCAGCUGCCUGCAAAUGCACCCAUCGAGGACCGGAGAAGUGCAGCAACCUGCUUGCAGACCAGAGGGAUGCUUUUAGGGGUUUUUGAUGGCCAUGCAGGCUGUGCUUGUUCCCAGGCAGUCAGUGAAAGACUCUUUUAUUAUAUUGCUGUCUCUUUGUUACCUCAUGAGACUUUGCUAGAGAUUGAAAAUGCAGUGGAGAGUGGUCGGGCACUGCUACCCAUUCUCCAGUGGCACAAGCACCCCAAUGAUUACUUCAGUAAGGAGGCGUCCAAACUGUAUUUUAACAGCUUGAGGACUUACUGGCAAGAGCUUAUAGACCUCAACACUGGGGAGUCAACUGAUAUUGAUGUUAAGGAGGCUUUAAUUAAUGCUUUCAAGAGGCUUGAUAAUGACAUCUCCUUGGAGGCUCAAGUCGGUGAUCCCAAUUCUUUCCUCAACUACCUGGUACUUCGAGUGGCAUUUUCUGGGGCCACCGCUUGUGUAGCCCAUGUGGAUGGUGUUGACCUUCAUGUGGCCAAUACCGGUGAUAGCAGAGCCAUGCUGGGUGUUCAGGAAGAGGACGGCUCUUGGUCAGCAGUCACUCUCUCUAAUGACCACAAUGCUCAGAAUGAAAGAGAACUGGAACGACUGAAAUUGGAACACCCGAAGAAUGAGGCCAAGAGUGUGGUGAAACAGGAUCGGCUGCUUGGCUUGCUGAUGCCUUUUAGGGCUUUUGGAGAUGUCAAGUUCAAAUGGAGCAUUGACCUUCAAAAGAGAGUGAUAGAAUCUGGCCCAGACCAGUUGAAUGACAAUGAAUAUACCAAGUUUAUCCCUCCUAAUUAUUACACACCUCCUUAUCUCACUGCUGAGCCAGAGGUGACUUACCACCGAUUAAGGCCACAGGAUAAGUUUCUGGUGUUGGCUACUGAUGGGUUGUGGGAGACAAUGCAUAGACAGGAUGUGGUCAGGAUUGUGGGUGAGUACCUAACAGGCAUGCAUCACCAACAGCCAAUAGCUGUUGGUGGCUACAAGGUAACUCUGGGACAGAUGCAUGGCCUUUUAACAGAAAGGAGAGCCAAGAUGUCCUCGGUAUUUGAGGAUCAGAAUGCAGCAACCCAUCUCAUUCGCCAUGCUGUGGGCAACAACGAGUUUGGGGCUGUUGAUCACGAGCGCCUCUCCAAAAUGCUUAGUCUUCCCGAAGAGCUUGCUCGGAUGUACAGAGAUGACAUUACAAUCAUUGUAGUUCAGUUCAAUUCUCAUGUCGUAGGGGCAUAUCAAAACCAGGAAUAGUGAGUGGAUCUUACCCUGGCAAUUCUCAAAUGAAAUAGAUUUAAAGGGCAGAUAGAUUUUUAAAAGAUACUAGUACAAUAAACAUUUCCAGUAGGUCAUUCUAAGCAUUUACCCAUUUGAUACUCUAGCUAGUCAAGUACUCCAGGUUGACUUUGCAGCAGGGUGGCAGGAUCAUGAGAGUUUCAUUCUGCCUAGCUUGGACCUCAUAGCACCUGCAUUUGAGGCAAGUCAGUUCCUUAUUGCAGAUGUCUUGUGGCAUUGGCUUCUUUUAUCAAUCUGAGAAAAUCAGGAUGACCUAGCAAGUAGACUCUUGAAUGGGCCGAAAGCAAGGAUCUUGCUGGGCGUAUUCUUUUGGUAAAAGGGAAGAAACAUUACUGUUCACACCUGCAGACCCAUUUUGUCACUAAGAUUCCAGUGUACCUGAGAUCAUUUAUUUAUUGCAUGAUUUCCUAGAUAUACGAUCUGUGCAUGAUUCAUAUAAAUUUAUUUUAACCUGAAGUGAUUUUCAGAUCCAGUGCUUUAAGCCAUAAAUGACCAAGAACUAAGCAACCUCCCUUCCCCACCGCUGAGUACUUAAUGUAAUUGAAACAUUUUCUAUUUUUUCACUCACUUGAAGACAAUAAACAUUUUUAGUUUCAUCUACCCUUACAUUGAUGUUAAAUAAAAAAGAUUUUUUUCAGUUUGUAUUAAUGAAGAACUUUAUUUAGUUUGAAAUAAAAAGAUCCAUAAUAAAAAGGAGGGAUUGAUAUGUUCAGUUGCUGUCAUCUAUAGCGACCAGCGCACCACUCUUAUCAUGUAAUCUCCAAAGGCUUGGCGUGCUGUAAGUGUGUGGUGGGUAGACUGCUGCCGGGAAAUCAUACUUCUAAUUUAGUAGUGAUGAGAAUUUUCAUCACUUUUGGGAAUCUUAAGGGUGACGUAUAAAAUAAGUUUAAAUAUCAAUUUGGGGAGUGAGGUUUAAUGUUACCUUCCAUUGAGAUGGCAGAGGAAGUUUUUGUUUUCCCCCACUUAGACAUAGGUCAAUUAAAAUAUUUGGUUUCAAAAUUACUAAAUGCUUUAAACAUAUUAUAGCUUAUAAAUAGGACUGUUAAGAUAUAUACAUGAGAAAUUUUAAACGAACUAUUGUGCAUGCCUGAUGCUUCUUUAAUAGAACACUUAGUAGCAUCAAGUGUUGUUUGCAGCAGUCUCCGCAAUUAUAUGCAGUCCCUUCUAAUGAUAUAUCAAAGUAAAUGAAAAUAAAUAUAUUCAGAUCGGCUUUUGAGAGCUUAUUUGAUAUGCAUCAAAUGGCAUUUUGUUCCUGUGUUUAAUGGUGAUCUGUGUACAGCUGUGCAUGUAUUUUCAUCUUUUAUUCUAUCAUCACUAUUAAAAGAUUGGCUAUGACUAUGUUUGAGAUUCAUAUAGAUUUUAAUACAACACAUGAUUAGCUUUCCCUUGUGUAAUUAGUUGAGGGGUCUGUAGGAGUCCUUUUGGAUUUCUGUAGAAUAUGAACUAAAUGUUCAAGGACUCCCUCUGGACUGUGGACACUAAAGCAUUGUAGAACUCUUGACUGCAGAACUUGUUCCAGUUGAAAAAUAAACUCAGGAAGAUUGUACCUCAGAAUAUCAUCUACUGUUUGUUUUCUGAGGUUUUUUGUUUUUUUCUGUUUUUUUUUUUUUUUUCUUAAGUCAGCUUGGAACUUUUCUUCCAGGCAGCAUUUUGGAGGGGGAAAGGCUGUACUAUAUAUUUAUUUCUAAAUGUUUUGAAAAAGACUUCAUCUUUUAAUGAAAUAUAUAUAGACUGCAGCAGCAACUAAAACCCAUUUUCAGGCUACUAUUUGAAUUUCUUUUGGACACCAUCACUGAAGAGUUCCAUAUUACUAUAUACUUAAUAAAAGUCUUGUCUGUAUAUAGUGUUUAGUUUCCUGUGGUCAUAAUCAAGAUAGUAAUUCUUAUUAUUACACAAGAAACUUGGUCUGCAGUCCAAAAACCAGUCUACUCUCUGUAGAAAUGAAAAUGCAAUGUGGAGUUGACAUUGUGGAAAUGAAAAUAAUUGGAUGUUAGAAAUCUGAAUGUACUCUCAUCUAAAAGCAGUUGUGAUUUUAUUGUAAUUGGUUGUCACUGUGAUGUGAUAUCUGGAAUUAAAGAAUACAUGUAAACUUUCAUGGUAUUUAGCCUUUCUUAAACUUUUCCUUAUUUAAACUUUCUAACAUGUAUCAACUUCUGUAUUUGUAUUUAAUCAGUGGCUCAUGAUAUUUAUAAUACGCCCAUCACUAGUCAAUGGAAUGGGGGUAUGGUACAUAGUACUUGGUAGAAAAACUGUCUUAUAGAGGAUGUAUCUGUGUGAAGAAGUGAGAAGUUUAUAAUGUAGAGAAUGGUCAGAGAAAUGCCCACAGUGAAUUAAAGCUUCAUGUCUGCUUUCUGAA